CUGCUGAUAGACUGUAUAUGUUAAAAGAUGUCCUUCCUUACUGGGAUGGCCCAGUUUCCAUAGCAAUCUACAUUCCUGCAUCUGAAUCUCCAUCUGACAAACCAAUAUAUGAUGAUGAGUAUAUAAUUCAUAAACUCAAAAAUCUCGCGCAAAGGUGUGAAAUGACAAUUUUGUACGGAACAUUCUAUAUGGAAAAGUAUCCAAUUAAUACAUUGAGAAAUCAUGCCAUACGUCGUGUUCAAUCUGAAUAUCUACUAUUAUCAGAUUCCAACUUAUUACCAUCGUUUAACUUUCAAAGACAUGCCAAAACAGAGAUAAAUCUAUUAAAAUUUGUUGUAGAUCUUGAUGAUCAUACUUAUACAGAUAUGGAUAGAAUAGCAUUUGUAGCACCAGCCUUUGAGUAUUUGAAAACCCCAUUCAAAUCAAAAAACCUAGCAAAAUCGAAAGUAGAGCUUAAAAAAUUAUACAAAACAAAAUCUGACAUUAGAAUAUACAAUGGUGCAGGAUCUGACAAACACAAAGCAACGGACUAUGAGUUUUGGUUUGAAACAAGUCACUCAUAUGAAGUGACAGAUUAUCAAAUUAAAUAUGAACCUUAUGUUGUAUUAAGAAAACACAGCCAGCUUCCUUUAUAUGAUGAACGUUUUGUUGGGUACGGAAUGAAUAAAGUUAGUUAUCUGAUGGAGUUAAAAGCUGCUGGGUACACAUUUAUUGUGCUCCCUAAUUGCUGGGUGUCUCAUAUACCUCA